AUGACACAAGGAGAUAGUUGGGCUCCUGCAUGUGCUAAGUGUGGUAGAACCCCCCCAGGUAAAUGCCGUGAUGUCCAGACAGGUUGCUUUAAGUGUGGUCAAGAGAGCCACUUCAUGAGAGAGUGUCCUAAGAACAGGCAGGGUGGAAAUCCGGGCAACAGAGCCCAAUCUUUAGUUUCUCCUAAGAACAGGCAGGGUGGAAAUCCGGGCAACAGAGCCCAAUCUUCAUCAUUUGAUCCACCAGACAGGGCAGCACCUAGAAGGUCCACUUAUGGUACUGGCGGAGGGGCAAACCGCCUCUAUGCAAUCACUAGCCGCCAAGAGCAAGAGAACUCACUAGAUGUUGUCACGGGCAUGAUCAAAGUCUUUAAUUUUGAUGUUUAUGCUUUGUUAGACCCAGGACCAAGUUUAUAUUAUGUGACUCCUUAUGUUGCAAACCAGUUAUCCAUAGGGAGUAUUGCCUAUGUUGAGGAAGAAAAGAGGGAUUUAGCCAAACAUGUGCACAGACUUGCACGCUUGAGAGUCUGA